CGCGAGGGGAGCCCCCGUGUGUCUAGAAGGCCCUUCCCCACCCACACCCCCACCCCAUGUGAGUUUGUGCUGCAAAGCUCCUUGGCAUCCUUGCCUGGGUUGGGUGUUGGGGAGCUCAAAUUGCAGCUACAAACUGGCUGGCAGCCAGGGAUCGUCUAUUUAAAAGCGCCUGCUCCACCGGAGCCCGUAGUCUCUUUGGAAACUUCUGCUGGGGAAAAGAGCUAGGAAAGAGCUGCAAGGCGGCGUGGGGUUUUUCCCUUUUUUGCUCCUUUUAAUUACCCCCUCCUCAGUUUGCACCCUUCUCUGGGCUUUACGCAGAACCUGCGAAUUUUGAAAAGCUAGUGGCAGAGUGGGAGAAGAGAGGUGCUAGUUUUUUUAAUUGUAGAGUUUUUUUUCUUUUUUCUUCUUUUUUUUUUUUUUAAUUUCUUGAGCUCAACAUUUUUUUCCACCCUCUCGGCUGCAGCUGCCGCCUUUUACCUGUUCCGCGGCAGCCACGCGCCGCUGGCAGCUGAGGGUUAGCAAGGAGCAGGGUGUAAUUUAGAUUUUAAACAUUUUUAAAGACAAAUUCCUUUUUCUCCCCCUCCUCUCUUUUCUUCCACAGCCUCCGAGCUCAUUAUUCCGGUGGGUGAUUGGGGGUGAGCAAUUUUGUGACUUUUGCCUUCCCCCCCCCGCAAUUCUGACCAGCGCGGGUUUGGAGGUGUCUCUGGCCUCCAUUCCCUUUCCGUGCACCUGGCGCUGUUCUUCCCCCCAAUCCGCCCCCCCCCCAACCUGUUGCAGUUGGGACUAGCUUGCAUCUAGCCCCAAUCUUGCAUCUCUCCCUGCAUUUUGCAAGUGUCUGGGGGAGGGCACCUGCUCUACCCGCCAGAAAUUAAAGCAAAAAAGUCUCCGGCCACCUCUCGGCCCCUCUCUCCCUGCACUCGCGCUCUCCUGCCCCGCCCCGAGGUAAAGGGGGAGACUCGGAGAAGAUGGUGCUCACCGCGGUCCUCCUGCUGUUGGCCGCUUGCGCGGGGCCGACCCAGGGCCUGGGCUCCUUCGUGCACUGCGAGCCCUGCGACGAGAAAGCCCUGUCCAUGUGCCCCCCCAGCCCCCUGGGCUGCGAGCUGGUCAAAGAGCCGGGCUGUGGCUGCUGCAUGACCUGCGCCCUGGCCGAGGGGCAGUCGUGCGGCGUCUACACUGAGCGCUGCGCCCUGGGGCUGCGCUGCCUCCCCCGACAGGACGAGGAGAAGCCGCUGCACGCCCUGCUGCAUGGCCGCGGGGUUUGCCUCAACGAAAAGAGCUACCGCGAGCAAGUCAAGAUCGAGAGAGACUCCCGGGAGCACGAGGAGCCCACCACUUCCGAGAUGGCCGAGGAGACCUACUCCCCCAAGAUCUUCCGCCCCAAGCACGCCCGCAUCUCCGAGCUGAAGGCCGAGGCGGUGAAGAAGGACCGCAGAAAGAAGCUGACCCAGUCCAAGUUUGUGGGGGGAGCCGAGAACACUGCCCACCCCCGGGUCAUCUCCGCACCUGAGAUGAGACAGGAGUCGGAGCAGGGCCCCUGCCGCAGGCACAUGGAGGCCUCCCUGCAGGAGCUCAAAGCCAGCCCCCGCAUGGUGCCCCGGGCCGUGUACCUGCCCAACUGCGACCGCAAAGGAUUCUACAAGAGGAAGCAGUGCAAGCCUUCCCGCGGCCGCAAGCGUGGCAUCUGCUGGUGUGUGGACAAGUACGGGAUGAAGCUGCCGGGCAUGGAGUACGUUGACGGAGACUUCCAGUGCCACGCCUUCGACAGCAGUCACGUUGAGUGAUGCGGUCCGUACCCCCUUCCUUCCUCGUCCCCUGUCCCCCACCCCUACCCCCACCCCUAGCCCCGACUCCAGCCAGCGCCUCCCUCCACCCCAGGACGCCACUCAUUUCAUCUCAUUUAAGGGAAAAAUAUACAUAGAUAUUUGAGGAAACAGGACCUCGGAAUCUCUAGCAAGGUCUCGGCUUUGAAAACGGCCACCGCAGAGACGUGGAAAAGCUAAGGAGAGAGCCCCCCUUUAAAAUUGCUUUCUUUUUGAGGCAAGUUGAAUGCGAGGGAAGAGAAGAGGGGAAUAAUAAGGGAAAGAGGGGCAAAAAGCAUAUGUGAGGAAGAGAUGGAAAGAUUGCCAAAGAGUUACGGAAAGAAAAAAGAAAGUGGGCAGGAAGGGAGGGUCCCCAGGACCACAGCUGGGUGCAUUUUUGCCUCCAGCCCUCAGCCUGGGUUGGGGAGAGGUUUGAGCAUGAAAACGUGUGGUCCAAGAAGUGGCCUUCGGUGACACGCUUGGAGUUUUCCCAGGUUGGA